GAGGGCCCCAUGUCAGUUAUGCGCGGGAGUGACGUCUCCUAACGCCAGCGCCCGCGCCCGCGCCCCAGGAAGUAGGGUUUGCCUUAGGUGAUUUGAAGUCUAAUAUCUUUCCCAAUGAGUUACACUCAUUUCCCAUCCAUCUAAUGGGCGCUGGCAGCGUGUUUCGAUUAUUCUUGGCUUCUGGCCUCCAUCCGACCAAAUAGCUGUUGCUACUCCUACAAGUUUUUCUGGUGUCCGUUAUCUCCACGACAGCCGAAUCCAAAGCUCUAAGAGCUGCUCGGCAGCUGGAACGAUCGGUGGCUUUUCCAACCCCGGGGGGGGGGGUGUGAAAGGUGACUCUCAUUUCGUUUGGAAGCGGUAACACUUCACUUCGGGGUCACAUCUCAGUCCAGUUCCUCCAGAACAGGCGCUGCUGUCCGCCCCUUCCCUGCCCCACGAAAGAAUAGGUAGCCCCAAUCUUGAGACACGCUCCUCCACCUUCGAAAUCUUCUCGGUCCCGGUUCCCCAGGACUCAGCCUUCACAGAGGCCAACUUCAGUGACUGUAUUUUUAAAUUCAUUGACACCCAAAUUCUAUGUGGCACUUACAGGGACCUCUUCAUUGAUAUCAGGACUAAUAUUUAUAUUUGAAUGGUGGUACUUCCAUAAGCAUGGCACAUCUUUUAUUGAGCAAGUAUCUGUAAGCCAUUUGCAACCACUGAUGGGAGGAACAGAGAGCAGCAUUUCAGAACCAGGUUCUCCUUCGAGGAACAGAGAAAAUGAAACCAGCAGACAGAAUUUGUCAGAAUGUAAGGUAUGGAGAAACCCUCUAAAUCUUUUCAGAGGAGCAGAAUAUAGGAGAUACACUUGGGUGACUGGUAAAGAGCCACUUACAUACUAUGACAUGAACCUGUCAGCUCAGGACCAUCAGACCUUUUUCACCUGUGACACAGAUUUUUUACGUCCUUCAGACACAGUUAUGCAGAAGGCUUGGAGGGAAAGAAAUCCUCCAGCUCGAAUCAAAGCAGCCUAUCAAGCUUUAGAAUUAAACAAUGACUGUGCCACUGCAUAUGUUCUACUGGCUGAGGAAGAAGCAACAACUAUUGUAGAUGCUGAAAGGUUAUUUAAACAGGCACUCAAGGCAGGAGAAACAAUUUAUAGGCAGUCACAGCAGUGCCAGCACCAAAGUCCUCAGCAUGAAGCUCAACUGAGGAGAGAUACCAAUGUACUGGUAUAUAUUAAAAGAAGAUUGGCAAUGUGUGCAAGAAAAUUAGGAAGAAUAAGAGAAGCAGUAAAAAUAAUGAGAGAUUUGAUGAAAGAAUUUCCUCCUCUUACCAUGUUGAACAUCCAUGAAAAUCUCUUAGAAUCACUUUUAGAAUUACAGGCCUAUGCAGAUGUUCAGGCAGUCCUAGCAAAAUAUGAUGAUAUAAGCCUUCCAAAGUCAGCAGCAAUCUGUUACACAGCAGCACUGUUGAAGACAAGGACUGUUUCAGAAAAAUUCUCUCCAGAAACAGCCUCCAGAAGAGGAUUAAGCACAGCAGAAAUUAAUGCCGUGGAAGCAAUUCAUAGAGCUGUGGAAUUUAAUCCUCAUGUUCCAAAAUAUUUAUUAGAGAUGAAAAGUUUAAUUUUACCUCCAGAACACAUUCUGAAACGGGGUGAUAGUGAAGCAAUUGCCUAUGCUUUCUUUCAUCUUCAGCACUGGAAACGAAUAGAAGGUGCUCUUAAUCUGUUAGAGUGUACAUGGGAAGGCACUUUUAGAAUGAUUCCAUACCCGUUAGAGAAAGGACAUCUAUUUUACCCUUAUCCCAGCUGCACAGAGACGGCUGAUAGAGAGCUAUUACCUACCUUUCAUCAUGUUUCUGUUUACCCAAAAAAGGAGCUUCCUUUGUUCAUCCAUUUCACAGCAGGAUUUUGCUCUUCUACAGCAAUGAUAGCCAUUCUCACUCACCAGUUUCCUGAAAUCAUGGGUAUUUUUGCUAAAGCUGUGCUGGGACUCUGGUGCCCCCAACCCUGGGCAUCCUCAGGCUUUGAGGAGAAUACACAGGAUUUGAAGUCAGAAGACCUAGGUUUGAGUUCUGGCUGAGCCACGCACUGUUCAUGUGACCUUGGACAAAUCACCAAAUUUUUCUGAACAGCAUCUGUAAAGUGACAGUAACCCCUACCUCACAGGGUUGUUGUGAGGAUUACAUAUAUGCUAAAGCAUUUUGCAUAUGAAAAAGCUUCUUAUGAAUAUUGUUAUUCCUAGGGAAACCCCCCUUGGAAGCUGUCAAAAAGGACAACUGUAGAUGAAAUUGUCUUCCUUUUUUCUUCAUUCAGCUUAGCCUUUCUGUUUGGCCAGGGCUACUUACAGGGGCUGUUGGGGUUGAAGUAAAGUCACCGCAUUUUGGCUCCUUUGGUCAAAGAGAAAGAACUCUAAUGUCCAGCUGCUCCAUCGAUAUACUCAUAGAAUGGAAGUGAGCAAAGGAAAAUUUUAAGCCAGGAUAGUUAACCGUUAGGAGGCCAGUGGGAGAAUGCUUGCCUUGCAUUUGCAAAUCCAGAAUGACUAAAACAUCUUAAGUAAAUGAGGAAUAGCCACCGAGAUGCUCAGAGAUAAUAUAAGCCAUGAGUGGGAGGUGGGAAAAUGAGUUCGUCAACGCCCUCUCUUUUCUAUCCCUUUACCUUUGAGGUCAAGGACAGGGCAUAUUACUGACACCCCACUGGCUAUUGCCCUAUACCUGCCAAUCACCCAAAGAAAAUAAUAGCUUCUGAGAAAGCUCAAUUCACUGUAGCAACUGUGAUAUAUUUACCCUAAUAAAGCCACCACUUGGUCUUUUCCAGUGCUUCUCUCUUAUGGAGAUCAUCCCUGGAAUCCAAAGCUCUCCAGUUUUCUAACCCAGUUAAGAGUUAAAAACAACCACAGGUCAUGAGCAGUAGGCUUGGCAGUUAUACCCCAUGCAGUCAUAGGAGACUGCUCCAUCAUUCUCAGCACAUAGGGUGCACAUCUCACUAUCUCUGGCAUGAACCAGCCUUGCGAACUUGUACAGUCUCAGCCACUCUGCUUUGAUGGUAAUUCUUCACCACUGAUCUCUCCUCACCAUGCCCUUCCUGCAUCCUUCCCCCAACCACCCACCAGAGGAGUUCUGGUCCCCAAACCAAAGAGUUGCCUGCAGGUUGGUAAUGUAACUUUGUAGAUAUUCCUUGAUUAAAGCCAGACCCUAUUGGUAUCCUUUUUGAAGUACUGGAUCGAAAUCUAAUUGCUUUUUUUUUUAAUUGUUGGGGAGAGGAGGAUGAGCAGAACUCCUAUGCAGCCUGAGAGAAGUUCUCUAUGUGUCCAUAUAUGUACACCUCUGUGUGUGUGUGUGUAACCUCAUGGUUGUGCUCAGGCUGACAGGGAGGGCAAAGAGUGAAAAGGAAGCAUCUAUUUCUUGUUAUCCAACAUUGCUUCAAAGAUGCCCAACCCCCGUAGUAGCAGGCAGUUCCCAAGUGGAGGGUCGGGGCAGAGGCCUCCACCAAGGCCAUCAAUAACCAGGUGUGAGCUACAGGUCUCUGUGUAAUGUGAAGCUCUCCCGUAUUUCAUUUCUGCACCCAGGGGGCGGCUCUGCAGGAUUGCUUACGGAGAACUCUGUGUCUGGCACCUCUCUCCACAAGGCCCAGGCGCCCAGGGUCCCACCGACCUGCCCAGGAAUGCAUCACAUUGUUCUCUGGUGCUGUAAUUUGGCUGCAGGAGCUAGGCUGAAUGCCUCCCAGGGAUGAGAAACAUACUCUCCCUGGCGUCCUCCCUUUGCCCCAGCUAGCUUGAGCUUCUGCCCUAUGACCACUGAGUGCAUUUAAAUAAAAACCUCAGAAAGACUGAGGAAAAAAAAUCCUAAUUAUCUCUCUUCUGUUAAGCCAUGUAGAGACUCGUGUCCUGAGUGGGUCUGAGAAUUUGGCAAAGACUUACUGGUUGGUGUUCUUGAUGAGGGAAGUGAGACAAAGGAGAAGAAAUUACUCCCUGCAACAGGAGGAAUAGAAAUGAAGCAGUGAGUGUUCAGAAAUUAGAUCUACAAGAAGUUUUGCAAACAGACCCUCAGGGCCAGGCAAUGUUUGUUUUUGUUUUUUGUUUUUUGUUUUUUUUUUAAUCUGAAGCCCCUGAUUUUAUUUUUCCAGCAUCACUCUAAGGAAGAGUGUGGAUUAGUGCCAUUAUUCAGGGCUGGUAUUAAUAAAAGUUAGCUUUUAUCUGCAGGGCUAGGUUAAGGCUGGCAUUCUUACUUUUACAUUAGAAAAACUGGCUACAGCCUGCGCAGCUGAGGUACUUCAGUCAUGUGCCUUCUCUAAAGGAUUCUUAGAUCCUUAAAAUAUAUAGUAUGUUUUAAGUUUGUAUCUAAAUAGCACUUACUGUAAUGUAUUAUACCUAAAUGUUUAUUAAAAGUUAGAAGAAAUGAGUACCAACAGGAAGGAAUGGAAGACAGGAGAGGGGCUAAGACAUUGCUGAUCUGAGGGACAGACCUCUAUCAAAUAGAAGAGGGCUGGGAGAAGGGGUGAUUAGAAGCAGAGUGAGGGAACUAAAUGGAGCCCUGACUGCACCAAAUAAAGUUCUCAUUUUGCUGCUUGUUCCAAAUAAA